GACAAGAAUGGAGUUCUCUUCCUUAACACCCACUGCUCAGCUCCGCUCUCACUGUCUCUCUCACUUCAGAAGCCACUCUUCACACUCCCACACUCUCUCCAUUCUCCAAGAACCCAACCAAGAUGAGGAACCGCCACCUUGUCCAAAUCCUCUCCCUACUCAUCGCCCUCGCCUCCGCCUCCGCCUCCGCCCAGCCGCCGCCGUUCUCGUGCGGCCCGUCGAGCCCCUCCGCCAAGUCCUUCCCCUUCUGCAGGGCCUCGCUGCCCAUCGUCAAGCGCGCCCAGGACCUCGUCUCCAGGCUCACAUUGGACGAGAAGAUCUCGCAGCUGGUCAGCUCCGCCCCGGCCAUCCCCCGGCUCGGCGUCCCCGCCUACGAGUGGUGGUCCGAGUCCCUCCACGGCGUCUCCAACGCCGGCCGCGGCAUCCGCUUCAAUGGGACCAUCCAGUCCGCCACCAGCUUCCCCCAGGUCAUCCUCACCGCCGCCUCCUUCGACGUCGACCUCUGGUACCGCAUUGGCCAGGUGAUAGGGACUGAGGCGAGGGCAGUGUACAACGCGGGGCAGGCGACGGGGAUGACGUUCUGGGCGCCCAACAUCAACGUGUUCAGAGACCCGAGGUGGGGGAGAGGGCAGGAGACGCCCGGCGAGGACCCGCUGGUCACCGGCAAGUACGCCGUCUCGUACGUGCGAGGCGUCCAGGGGGACGCCUUCCAGGGCGGAGGUAAGCUCCGUGGGAAGCUUCAGGCGUCCGCUUGCUGCAAGCACUUCACCGCCUACGAUCUGGAUAACUGGAAGGGCGUGAACCGGUUCGUCUUCGAUGCACGGGUGACGGCACAAGACAUGGCGGAUACGUUCCAGCCGCCGUUUCAGAGGUGCAUUCAGGACGGGAAGGCCAGUGGGAUCAUGUGCGCUUAUAACCGGGUCAACGGCGUCCCCAGCUGUGCCGACUACAAUCUCCUCUCCAACACUGCCCGUCGGCAAUGGUCUUUCCACGGGUACAUAACAUCGGACUGCGAUGCCGUCUCCAUCAUAUAUGACAAUCAAGGAUAUGCCAAGACGCCAGAGGAUGCUGUAGCCGAUGUCCUCAAAGCCGGAAUGGAUGUCAACUGUGGAACCUACCUGCGGAAUCAUACUAAAUCCGCUGUCAAGCAAAAGAAAGUGUCAGUAUCCGAGAUAGACAGAGCGCUUCACAACCUCUUCUCGGUAAGAAUGAGGCUAGGACUGUUCAAUGGCGACCCCAAGAAACAACCUUUCGGCAACAUAGGCCCGGAUCAGGUCUGCUCCCAAAAGCAUCAAGAUUUGGCUCUCGAGGCUGCUCGAAGCGGCAUUGUGCUUCUGAAGAACAAAGAAAAGCGUCUGCCUCUCCAGAGAUCGAAGUCCACGUCGCUUUCUGUAUUAGGCCCCAAUGCCAACAAUGCAUGGAAGCUGCUCGGGAACUAUGCAGGACCGCCAUGCAAGUCUGUGACGCUGCUGCAGGCUCUGCAGAGUUACGUGAAGGACACGAGGUAUCAGCCGGGUUGUGACGAUGUAGCGUGUUCUUCGCCAUCGAUUGCCCAGGCCGUGGAAGUAGCGAAAGCAGCAGAUCACGUGGUGCUGAUCAUGGGGUUAGAUCAAACUCAAGAGAGGGAGGACUUCGAUCGUGUGGAUUUGGUCCUCCCUGGCAAGCAACAAGAGUUCAUCACCACUGUCGCCCAAGCUGCGAAGAAGCCGGUCAUUUUGGUGCUUCUUUGUGGAGGUCCUGUUGACAUAAGAUUCGCCAGGGAUGAUCAGAACAUUGGAAGCAUAUUGUGGGCCGGUUAUCCUGGUGAGGCUGGUGGGAUGGCGUUGUCGGAAAUCAUCUUUGGUGAACAUAAUCCUGGUGGGAGAUUGCCAGUGACUUGGUACCCACAAGAAUUCAUCAGAGUGCCAAUGACUGACAUGAGGAUGAGGCCUGAACCAUCCACUGGCUAUCCCGGGCGUACAUACCGGUUCUACGAAGGCCAAUCGGUUUACGAGUAUGGAUACGGGCUUAGCUACACGGAACAUUCUUACAAGUUCAUAUCUGUUACCAAGGAACUUUUCUACCUAAACCUAUCCCCUAAAUCUCAACCUGAUGAAGCCUCGGAUGCCUCCCCUCGGUACAGACCGGUUUCAGAUUUGGGAGCAGAGUUUUGCAAGAAGAGCAAGUUUGAGGUCACAGUCGAAGUCAAGAACCAUGGCGACAUGGCGAGCAAGCACCCGGUGUUGCUCUUUGUGAGGCAUGCGAAGCCGAGCAGCGGGAGUCCGAUGAAGCAGCUGGUGGCCUUCCAGAGUGUGGAACUGAAGGGGGGCGAAACCAUGGAGGUCACAUUGGCAUUGAACCCUUGUGACCACCUGAGCCGAGCCGAUGAAAAUGGUGUGAUGAUAAUAGAAGAAGGGUGGCGCUUCUUGGAGGUGGGAGAUCAAGAGUACCCAAUCACCGUUAUGGCCUGAUAUGUGAAUUUGGCCAGUCGUUAAUCUUGCAAUUUAAGGAUUUUAUUGCUUCCUACAUAGUUCGAUUAGCGUUUCAAUUGGCAAGUGUAACAAGAAAAGAUUCGAACGGCGACUUCUCCCUAUUUGCACGUGAAAAGGAUCAAUAAGGAAUGAGCAUAAUGAAUUUUCAAGUAGUUUUCCAUUAA